AUGGCGUCCAUCUCCGAGAUCCCAGAGAAUCUCAGGGGCAACGUAAUCAUUCCACUAGAAAACCAAUCCAGCAUGGUCUGCUUAGGUCCGAUGGUGCCUCCGCCCACUACUGUCAAUCUGCAGGCACCGCUUGAUGAUAUGACCGGGUUACCAUUGAUCAUGUGCCCGACUUGCAAGGAUGUGCGGGUGUUUGCUGCCACUACCACGAAGUCUCAGUAUAAUAUUGGAAAGAGUUUUUUCAAGUGCCCUCGGCAAGGCUAUGGAAAUGGGAGAUGUUCCAGGUAUUGGUUCGAGGAGGAAUAUAUGGUGUACCUUGAGGAUCAUGGUUAUCUACUUCCAGCUUCCUCGACCAUUGCAGCUGCUUCGACAACAGAAGUUCCCGAGCUGGUGGGAAAAAUUGAUAGGUUGGAGCAAAAUCUGAACGAGGUGAAGGAAAUGGUUGGCAAGAACAGGGAAGGCUUGGGAAGUUGCAUUUGUCUUGUGUGUGGAUGUGUGAAUGUAACAAUAUUCGUGGUGUUGGCCAUUGGCUUGGUUGUAGCUGUAUUGAAGUAG